AUGCGUAGGGUGGUGUGGCUGACGAGGGCGAGAAGCGGGGUGAAGAAGCAGGUGAGCGAGGAGGUGGAGAGGGUGGAGUCGUACCUUUGCAUUGGGAUGGAGAGGGUGGGCGAGGUGAGAGGGGUGCUAGUGCCCGAGAGCAGCGUUGGGAGGUGGGAGGGGGUGGCGGAGGAGGUGGCGGAUGGGGUGGAGUUGAGAGGGUUCGAGGCGUAUUUGAACGUGUUGGAGUUGCGCAGGAAGGGGUUUGGGCCGCUGGUGUUGGUUAGGUACACGGGGAGGGAGAGGGACCGGGUGUUCAUGAAGGAGUUGAGGUUUAAGUCCAGGAAGAUAAGAAAGGGUGACUUGUGGCACCUUUGCGAGUGCGGGGUCGCGCCGCAGGUGCCGGUGAGCACGGGCGACGGGAGGGUCACGUUUUUGGUGGAGGAGGGCGCGAUGAAGAGGGCCGAGGUCGACGGACUGGUUUGGAAGAUACCCGGCAGGAUGAAGGAGGAGUUGGCGUUUUGGGUGAGGUUGUGGACCGACAUGUCCUGGCUAGGGCGCGACGACGCGCUCGGAUGCGCGUACGAGUCGGAAAGGUUUUGCGCGAUGUACGGAAUCGACAGGAGCGAGAGGCUCGACGUCGCCGUGAGGUACCAGGUGGAGAGGGUACAAAACUGCCUGUGCGCGUUGAACUGCUUGGCGUUGGAAGAGAGGACGGAGCAGUACGGCAGGGCGUGCAUAAACGCAGUGUCCGCGUUUCAGUGGAGUCUGAGCGUUUUGAGGAGAAAUUCGAAGGGCCUAUCGAGGACGAGCAAAAACUUGAUGAGAAGCUGCAACAAUUUCGGAAGAAUUGGAGAAAUGAAUUUGUUUUUGUUUCGCGUGCUUUUGUUGCACGUCGAAUCGCUGAAGUCGCUGCUGAACGAAGACGAUGCGGACGUACCGGAUCCGCUGGAAGACCCGGAAUCCUUUCGCUCUACUCUGCGAACUGCGAUGGCUCGUCACGAAGUAGAACCUCACAUUUUCGGCGCUUUCCUGGUCGACUCCUUGUCGACCCACGCCGCGCAGCAGCGCUACGCGUCGUGGAAUUCGUCCAUAUCGUCGAACGACCGGUCCUGGUCCGGAGAGCAGAGGGAGGACGCGCUCGACAAGAGCGCCGCGAAAAAGCACAAAAGUUAUCCUGUCACGACAAAAAAAAACGAAACUCUUUUGCCAUCCCACACGGCUCUCUGCUCCCCCGAGCCGGGCGCUUCGGAAGCUCCCCCCGCUCCCGAGAGCGUGGACGGCGCGCACGACCAAGCGAGCCACCUACUGCCCGCCUACGAAAGCCUGAAGGCAAAAUACCGUCACAUCGAAGCCGCCCUGUCGACCUUCCGAACAGAAGCCAGCGAGGUGCGCGCCUCGGUCGACUUCCUGAACGACCUCUGCUCAGAACACCAGCGGUUCCUCGACAACUUCCAGUCAGAAUUCACCAGCCUCAGCAAAUUUCUCCGCGAAAAUGAGGACGCCAUACAAAAUCUUUUGUGCUAUAUCGCGCAUUUGGAAAACCAAAUUCAAAAAAUCAGAAGGCGGUCUCGGAUAGGCGUUGUCAAGCAAGUCUUUCUCUGGAUAUCCGUCAACUUUUUCUCGCUGAUAUUCUUGCUCGUGCUCGGGUUCGUCGCUCUGAUCGACUUUUGCCGCGUGCACUUCGUCCGAAAUCCCCCUUCAGCCGAAAACCUCUUGAAGACGAGGUUCCAAAACUUCGGAAGAACUCAACUCAAGAAAUUCGAAAACGCCAUCAACAACAUCGAAAGCGACAUGGCGACCUUGGCAGGGCUCCGCAAGGGCAAAAAGGACGCGUGAAAAGGGGGUCUCAUUCCACCUCGCGCGACGCACUUUGUAAAAACGCGCGCAGGUUCAAGCUGUAAAUUUUUUUUUUUUGGCGCCGAAUCCCAUUCGGCAACUGGACUCAGCCGCCGAGAGGCAAUGUUUCGGCUGGACAGAGUGAAAGCCCCGGCAUUGACCAGAGAAGUCGUCUCUAAACUAAAGAGCGUCAAUAUAGAGACAGUUGAAUCGCUCUUGUUUGGGCCAAAAAGGUAUUCGGCAUAUGGCGUUUUGUCGGCGAAUGUUCGUUCUUUUUUUUUUGGUGCAACUUUCGUGCAAAAGCGAUUGAACCUUGACAUGCCAGGAGGUCGAAGACCUGAAAGUGGUGCUUGAAGAAGAGUACGCCGCGCCCCUGAUCUGUGCGCUAGACCAGCUCUCUGAUUCGUCAAGGUGGCUUCUCUCAACCGGUUCGGACGUCCUAGACGAAUAUUUGGGCGGCGGUCUGUUCAGCGGGGACGUCACCGAACUCGUGGGCCAAUUCUCAACUGGGAAAAGCCAGUUCUGUCACGACAUAGCCUUGAAGGCGGUACUGGGCGAUUCCUCGAAAAAACGUUACCACCGCGUAUGGUACAUCGAUACAUCGAACAACUUCUCUCCAAGACGUAUUCGCGACAUGAUUGUGCAUGGCGGACAUGCGGAUUCCAAACAAAAAAUCGCCGAUAUUUUAGAUCAUAUUGUGUGUUUCAAAAUGAAAAACGUGUACGCGCUGAUCAACGUGCUAGAGCAGGCUAGAUGUGCGCUGGAGCGCGCCCUAG